AUGUCGGAGACGGCGCCUACCGAGACCGCCGCCCCAGCGCCGGUGGAGAAGUCUCCCGCCAAGAAGAAGGCAACCAAGAAGUCAGCUGGUGGCGCUGCGAAGCGCAAGGCCACCGGGCCUCCUGUCUCUGAGCUGAUCACUAAAGCUGUGGCAGCUUCCAAAGAGCGCAAUGGCCUCUCCUUGGCCGCUCUUAAGAAAGCGCUAGCAGCCGGGGGCUACGAUGUGGAGAAGAACAAUAGCCGCAUCAAACUUGGCCUGAAGAGCCUGGUGAACAAGGGCACCCUGGUGCAAACCAAGGGCACCGGCGCUUCGGGCUCCUUUAAGCUCAAUAAGAAGGCAGCCUCUGGGGAAGCCAAGCCAAAAACUAAGAAAGCAGGCGCCGCUAAGGCCAAGAAGCCCGCUGGAGCUACUCCUAAAAAGCCCAAGAAGGCUACAGGAGCCAAAAAGGCAGUGAAGAAAACACCCAAGAAGGCGAAGAAGCCCGCUACAGCAGGAGUUAAGAAAGUGGCCAAGAGCCCAAAGAAGGCCAAAUCUGCUGCCAAACCGAAAAAGGCUAAGACCUCUGCUAAGCCAAAGGCAGUGAAGGCUAAGGCAGCAAAACCUAAAGCCUCCAAGCCUAAGGCAGCGAAGCCUAAAGCUGCAAAGGCUAAGAAGGCUACUCCUAAGAAGAAGUAA